CCCUUCUGUCACAAUUGGGCGUCGGGUUUUCAAUUCCGAAUUCGUUUUUGUCGUCGUGGGUGAGUACCUCACAAGUUUUCUUGUGCUCCCCCCAAAGCAUACUGGGCCCCAAUCGUGGACUCUCUCUUUUUCUAUCUCUUUUCUCUACAUAUAUACUACAUGUAUUUUAUUCUUCACUGCUUCUUAUAAUCAUGUCCAAAGCGAUUGACACUAUUGAAAGAACACUUGAAUAUGCUCAGUUCAUUGACAAUUUGCAGAAAUUUCAUUCUCGCAAAGGAACUACGCUUCAAUCCGAACCCAUUUUGGGAGGUCAAAAGCUUGACCUAUAUAAAAUCUACAAUGCAGUCAUGGAUGCCGGCGGGUUCGAUCAGCUGGGAUGGGAAGAGGAAACUGUAUGGGGCAAGGUAUGGGUCCCGCCUGACGAACUUCGAGGUCCAAAUGCCCAUCGUGCGUCCACAUUGGCAGGCAAAACUUUCAAGAAAAAAUGUACGGGUAACAGCAAGUAG